UCACCACCCUAGAGCCCUCAGUCCUACUAGUGCCUUCUGCACCGUAGUGCUCACACCAAGCCCUGUUCUUCCCAUGCUGGCGGGUCUGCCUGGGAGGAAGCUGCGCUCUGGGUGUGACUUCAGAGUCUCCUGGAAGGGGCUUCCGCUGCCCUGGAUCCUCUCUAAAAUCUCUUCUGCUUAACAAGAAAAUCGCCACUAUGGCCUCAGCAAUACCCCUGGAAAUGAUGUGGGAAGAGGUCACAUGCUCUAUCUGCCUGGAUCCCAUGGUGGAGCCUGUGAGCAUCGAAUGUGGCCACAGCUUCUGCCAAGAAUGCAUCUCUCGGGUUGGGAAAGAUGGAGGCAGUGUCUGUCCUGUGUGCCGGCAGCGGUUUCUACUCAGGCACCUCAGGCCCAAUCGGCAACUAGCCAACGUGGUGGAAAAUCUUAGACAAAUAGGCCAAGAUGCUAAGAAAGACACACAAGGGGAGCGUUGUGCCAUACAUGGAGAGAAACUUCACCUGUUCUGUGAGAAAGAUGGGAAGGCACUUUGCUGGGUGUGUGCCCAGUCCAAGAAACACCGUGACCACACCAUGGUCCCUAUUGAGGAGGCUGCUCAGGAAUACCAGGAGAAGCUCAAAGAGGCAUUAGAGAAACUGAGAAAAAAACAGGAGUUGACCGAGAAGUUGGAAGCGGAUCUUGCAAUGAAGCGAGCAGACUGGAAGAGGAAGGUUGAGACACAGAAAUCAAGGAUUCAUGCAGAGUUUGUGCAGCAGAAAAACUUCCUGACUGAGGAACAACAAAGGCAGAUGCAGAAGCUGGAAAAGGAUGAGAUGGAACACCUUAGAAUCCUGGGGGAGACGGAAGCUGAACUGGUCCAGCAAAGCCAGGCCCUGCAGGAGCUGAUCUCAGAGUUGGAGUGGAAGAGUCGGGGUUCAGCACUGGAACUCCUGCAGGAGGUGAAAGUUGUCCUAGAAAGGAGUGAGUCCUGGAACCCCAAGAAGCUGGACAUUGUCUCCCCAGACCUAAGAAGUGUCUGUCGUGUGCCAGGACUGAAGAAGAUGCUGAGGACCUGUGGAGUAUACAUCACUCUGGAUCAAGACACAGCCAAUCCAUGGCUCAUCGUUUCAGAGGACAGGAGACAAGUGAGACUUGGAAACACCCGUCAGGAUGUACCAGAAAAUGAAGAGAGAUUUGAUAUUUACCCCAUAGUCCUGGGUGCCCAGAGCUUCAACUCUGGAAAACUGUACUGGGAGGUCGAUGUGACAGGAAAGGAGGCCUGGGACCUGGGGGUUUGUAGAAACUCUGUGCAGAGGAAGGGGCAAUUUUUAGUCAACACUGAGAAUGGUUUCUGGGCAAUUUGGUUAUGGAACAAAGAAAAAUAUGAGGCUGGCACCUGUCCCCAGACUCUGCUCCACCUUCAGGUGCCUCCGUGCCAAAUCGGGAUUUUCCUGAAUUAUGAAGACGGCAUUGUCUCCUUCUACAACAUCACUGAUCAUGGCUCCCUCAUCUACACCUUCUCUGAAUGUGCCUUCACUGGACCCCUGCGGCCCUUCUUCAGCCCUGGUUUCAAUGAUGGAGGAGGAAAUGCAGGCCCUCUGGUCCUCUAUCCACUGAAUACGGGAUGGUCAGAAUCCACUGACUAUUGAUGGUUCUAUCUGGACACUGCUGCCACAUCCCUGUGGGUGUCCCCUCUCAGCCGUGAACCCUGCCUCUUUUUCCCAUGAACUCUAGUAAACUACAGUGUCUCUAUAUAGGUGUCUGGGUCUCAGCAAGCAGGCUUUAGCAGGGAAAUAACUGAAAGCCAAAUGACCUUCAAUAUCAAUAUUCCUGCCCUAGAUUCCUUUUAGGAUGCCCUCAAGUGAAACUGAUUCCUCAUAUUUGACUCAAACUCUUCAACCAAAAAUCAUGUUUCUGCCUCCUUUGUGACUGUUUUCUUCCAUCUCUAAUCUAUUGCCUUCAUCCAUAUCUCUUUAUUUUUCAUGGUUUGAGAAAGGACUUCCUAACUACAUUGUGCUUGUCUCCAAUUUACUCCUUGUUCCUUAAACCCCAAAUAUUAUCUUUUCCACCCACCCAUCCCCCUGUGCUGGGGAUUGAAGCUGGGACCUUAUGCAUGCUAGGCAAGCAUUCUAAUACUGAGCCACAAUCCCCAGACUUAAACCCCAAAUACUUGAACAAUUCUGAACAUGAUUAAUGUUGGUGUUUCCUCAGCAUUGCACAUGGCCUGGAACAUUCUACCCACUUCUACAUCUGAAGACCAAGGUCAGGAGUCUUGUAAUUCCCUACAGUAAUUGCUGUAGAGAUAGGAGUCCUUGUCAGGCUCUCAUCACUGUUACCCACUUGCCAUAAGGGAACUCCUGGUUUUGAGUCCUGGGGCUGGUAUAGCGGUGUGGACCUCUGUGUAUCUCACCCUCAGAUCCAAGACACUGUAACAGUGGUCUACUUUAUGCUUUGAAUAUAGCCCUUGCUGCUCAACCAUUACAACAUAUUUUUUAAAUGGACAUGUUUCUUUCCCUUCCUUUCUCCAUGCUCUUUCCUAAUCUCUCCCCUUCCCUUUUCUCAUAG